UGGGAAAAACAGCUGAAACUCUGCUCAAAUGGAACCUCACUCCAACCGGUGCCUGCCCUUGCGGCCAUCCCAAUCAAACCAUGGACCAUAUCCUCUCUGAAUGCCCACAAGGUCCCCGCUGUACAGAUCAAGAUCUCAGGGAAUGCAACGAAACAGCCCGAGUUUGGAUCACCCAUUGGCGCGAAAAGAUAUGAUGAUGAUGAUGAAUGACUAGGACCCACCAUCAACCAACCGCUCUAAGAAAAUCACCAGUUUUCUUGAAUUUGUCCAAUCAGCGAUCAGGUGUAUGUUAUCAAAAUGGCAGACACAAAUGAGCGAGACGAAGAGAUGGGACAGCGCUUUUAUGCUCAAAACACACCGUUCAGUUCUGUCAUUCCGAUGAUGAAAGAAUUAAGACGUCAAAAGGGACCUGUAGAUGUUUUCCCCGGUCUUCCUCAUGUACCACGACCCGCUCAACAAAUAAAAAUAGAGCGAAUGAUGGAAAGUUGUAUUUUUAAGUCAGUAUUGGCUGGCGUCUUAGGUUACGUAUUGGGGGCUGGUUUUGGUAUAUUUACAGCUGGUCUAGACACCUCAAUGCCAACAAGCAUUAGUGGUCAAGUUGAUUCAUCUGCAAGGGCUGUAAUGCGAGAGAUGGGUCAACGUGCCUCUUCAUAUGGCAAGAACUUUGGUGUUGUUGGUGCAAUGUUUUCAGGAACUGAGUGUGUUGUGGAGUCAUAUCGUGGCAAAAGUGAUUGGAAAAAUGGAACAUUAUCUGGUUGUAUUACUGGUGGAGCUAUUGGCCUUAGAGCUGGUGGUAAAGCCGCCUUGUUUGGUUGUGCUGGUUUUGCAGCAUUCUCUACUGCUAUAGACUACUACCUCAGAUGAUGGUAUCCAUGGUUACCAUAAUUGAAGAAGUGACCAAAAUAAAAACAUGCUAAUUUUCUUCUGUUGGGAGAAGGAUCCUGGUUCCCAUCUGUCAGGUUACUUUGCACUGGGCUGUCUAAUUAUUUCUAAUAUGCAUAUAUGCAAGGUGCUCACUUACGGUCCAAAGGCUUUCUCAUCUGGUUCUUUUGUAUUCAAAUCACAUUCCUAAGAACAAUAGAAACAAAGUUUUGGAGCAUUGGUUCAGGUCAACGAUAUCGCAAUUCCAGCGUUGACAUUAUUCUUACCACCAGUCCAGUUGGUGUAUUGCCAUUGGUGGUCAGCUGAUUCAGUGUAUGACCACUGGAGUCCACAGCACCAUGCGCUCGUACUCGAAAUUUAUACAGUACCUGACAUGGAAAAAUUGACUUGUCAAUUAACAAUUUAAAGUGGCAAUUUAGGUGACAAAUAUGAGCAACAUUCAAAAGUAAAAAUAUUUGAGUCAUAGCAGGUAUUGAAUACGAAUAAGUAAUUAAAAGCUUCACUAAAUUGUGAGUUGUGUUUGACUGUUUGUAA